AAUCAGGUCUGCGUGGAGGGGACAUCUCAACAUGGACAAACUCGGCAAUGAAAGUGAAGCAAUACCUGAGAACCAAGUAAAGAUGGAAAACCAAGAACAGCCACAGGAUGCGGGAAAGCCAGAAAUGGCUUGUACUCUGGAAGAUAAGGAGAAGUUAGAAAAAGAGGAAAAGAUAGAAAACAAGGGAAAGACAGAAGAUGAGGAAAUACUUAAUGAUAAGGAUAAGCCAGAGGAGAGAAAGCCAAAAGAAGAAGGAGAGCCAGAGAGCGAGGGAAAACCAGAGGAUGAGGGAAAGCCAAAAGAGGAAGAACAACCAGCCAGUGAACCAAGGGCUGCAGUAAAGCGUCCUGCUGGGGAUGAUAUACCCAAGAAAGCUAAAAGAAAAACCAACAAGGGGCUCGCUCAGUGCCUCAAGAAAUACAAGGAAGCCAUACAUGAUAUGCAUUUGAGCAAUGAGGAGAUGAUAAGAGAAUUUGAUGAGAUGACUAGGGUAGAAGAUGAGGUGAAAAAAACCAGACAGAAAUUGGUGUGA